AUGGACUCUGACUUCCUCCGUAGCCUCUCUCAGUUCGAUGACGGCCUUCCUGAUCUGAAUGAUCCCCAGUCUAACAUGUCGAAUUGGAAUUCGCUCGCAGGCAUGUUCUCCUUUCCAACACUGUCUCCACUCGACACAGCUCGGACCAAUACUCACACAAGGCUGGACGCCCCUGGCGACACUCCUGACUCACUUGUCCGUUUCCUCUGUGAGCAGGACGACCAUGCGAGCCCAAGCGAGGAUCCUACUAGCGCCCAACCCAGCCCUCCUUGGAUGCCCGCUGCCACUCAGCUCACCAUAGGCCCUGAAGGCCCGCAUCAUGUUGAUACACCCACAACAAAGCUCCUGAUGCAAGCAAUCGACGAGGCGCCGAAUCCUGGUGGGGAUCAAUCACCCAGGAUCCGCUCGAUCAACGAUAUCGAAGGGUUCAGUGCGCAGUACUUCGGACUCUCCGGGGAGAGCGACCCAUAUCUCCUGAAGCACAUCAAAUACGACGGGAACCAUGAAAGAAGGUACUUCAAGGUCCACUUCCGGAAGGCGGCCGAUGCUCGAGAGCCACCUCAACUGGAUCGAAGGGGCGAUGAGCGAGCGGCCGGGACCCCCGCCGAGCAGCCGGCGGAAGCCUUUGGCGAGGUUCCUGUACAAUUCAUGAUGACAGCUGAGGAGCUCACACAGGAAGAAGGCAAGGACACCGCCUUUCGCCCUGAUGUUUCGCAAGAGGCGCUCCGGAAGGAACUGGACGCCCUUGUUGGUCCGGAGAAUGGAAUACGACUGAUAAACCUGUAA